AUCUAAUAGUGGGCUUUUUGAAUGGACGGGGAAUUCAAUUUAACGUAUAUCACUCUUGAAGGGCAUGUGGAAGUUCAGAAGUACAGAUACCUUUGUUUUAUGGUUGUUUUAAUUGUUUAUAUUCUAAUAAUCUGGAGUAAUUGUACUAUUGUGUACUUGAUCUGGAUUCAUCAAAACCUCCAUGAGCCUAUGUACAUUUUCAUCGCAGCUUUGUUACUGAACUCUGUUAUAUUCAGCACAGUGAUCUAUCCGAAACUUCUCAUCGACUUUUUAUCUGAACAACAGAUUAUAUCUUAUGAAGGCUGUCUUAUUCAGUAUUUUAUGUUUUACGCUUUAAACGGUUCAGAGUUCUUACUGCUUGCAGCCAUGGCCUAUGACCGAUAUGUGUCCAUAUGUAAACCUCUGCAAUAUCCAGCUAUUAUGAGAAAGAGGACUGUCAGACUCUUGUUGGCUGUAGCUUGGCUUCUACCUGCCUGUCAGCUUCUUGCAACCACAACAAUGAGCGCAAAUGAAAAGCUCUGCACUUUUACUUUGAAUGUCAUUUUUUGUAAUAAUUCAGUUUACAAACUUUUCUGCGUGUGGUCGGAUUCCAUAACUAUUUAUGGUUUAUGCAUUUUUGUAACAGUUGUAGUUGUGCCUACUGUCUUUAUACUUUUUACAUAUGCUAAAAUAUUCAUAAUAACAAAUCGAAGCAGUAGAGAAGUGAGGACAAAGGCAGCUCGGACCUGUUUACCUCACCUGUUGGUUCUAAUGAACUAUUCCAUUUUUACAACAUUUAAUGUAAUUAUAGUCAGAGUGGAAUCAGAAAUCCCAAAAAACGUGCAUUUCAUCCUGACUUUACAGCUGAUUUUAUAUCAUCCGCUCAUCAAUCCAAUCAUCUAUGGACUAAAAAUGACAGAAAUAUCUAAACAUCUUAAGAGACUGUUUAGUCAAGAUAAAGUGAACUAA